AGCUAGUCGGGAUGUAAAUGUUGAAGAGCAAAAAUAUUUGAGUCGAUUCGCGGAGGUUUCUGAAGCCAGUAAAAUACUUCUCUCUUCCCUUCUUUUAUUUAUUAUACGUCCAUAAUGUCCGACGAAGAAGAGGACUACAUGUCUGAUGCAUUUUUGAGUAAAAUUCAAGAUGUUAAGCCAGGUGUCAACAUGGUGAGGAGGGUGAAAGAAGCGAUGAAAAAGGAGGCACUGCACAAGGAGAAGAACAUUACGAACCGUCAGAAGACUUACAAGGAGCAGGAGAAGGAGAGCCGGGAGACAGCUUUACAGAGCUCCAUCAGCAAUGAUAACAAGGGCUUUGCACUUCUGCAAAAGAUGGGUUACAAAGCUGGGCAAGGCCUCGGGAAGGAGGGAGCAGGGAGGGUUGACCCCAUUCCACUAAAUAUCAAAACAGAUAGAGGUGGAAUUGGGAUGGAAGGAGUGAAGAAAAGAAAGGCUGAAGAAGAACUAGAACAAUAUCGGCAAAAAGUGCGAGCCAAACAACAAAAUGAGACCAAAUCUCUGGAGGAUUUCAGAUCAAGAGUGAGGACAGAGAGAGAGGAAAGAAAAAUUGAAGGUGAUCUCAGAAGGAGCCAGCGAACUUGUGAGCAGCUUGACAGUCAGAAGGGCAUAACGGUCCCGAGAGAAGACUGGUACUGGCCUAAAGCAAACACUGAUGAUGAUGACGAUGAUGAUAAUGAAGAUGAUCCCAAAGAAGAGGAAGAGGAAGAGAUUAUUGAACUGAGUUCUUUGGACAAACUGCAAAUAUUGACAUCCUACUUGAGAGGAGUCCAUUUUUACUGUAUAUGGUGUGGGACCACCUACAAUGAUGAAGAUGACUUGUGUUCUAACUGUCCUGGGGAUACUGCAGCCGACCAUGAAUAAACUCUUCAGAUAAAUUAGUCCAUUUUUGGCUGCAUGGAAUAGCAACCAGACAAGACAAAUGGGCGAUGGAGUAAAGGUCUUUUUUUUUUCAUUCUGUUUGAAUUUUUGUAUAUAGAGGGGAAAAAACUGCAACCCUAUUCAUGUUUGUUGGAUGCCAUUUUAAAGUUUGGUGUUUAAAUGAAAAAAAAAUAAAUAAAUUUUGUGUAUUGUAUUUUGUGAAUUUAGUUUUUUUUUUAAUCUAAAGAAAUAAAGUAUUUUGUU